CCCGCCCCCAGCAACAACAUGCUGUACCCCAAGGAGGACAAGGAGAACCGGAUCCUGCUCUACGCCUGCCGCAACUGUGACUACCAGCAAGAGGCCGACAACAGCUGCAUCUACGUCAACAAGAUCACCCACGAAGUGGAUGAGCUCACGCAAAUCAUCGCUGACGUCUCCCAGGACCCCACGUUGCCCCGCACUGAGGACCACCCCUGCCAGAAGUGUGGGCACAAGGAGGCCGUCUUCUUCCAGUCACACAGUGCCAGAGCUGAGGACGCCAUGAGGCUCUACUACGUCUGCACCGCCCCACACUGCGGCCACCGCUGGACCGAGUGA